AUGCCAUUCAUUUGUCCACCGCCGCGGCGCCCUCCGGCUUCAUCGUCUGCGCCCGUUCUCUCUUGGCUCCCCCCGCCCUCCCGAACCCUCUCGUCGUCGGUGUCUUCCUUCCCCGCCGCAAAGUCUUCGCCGCCGCUCCGCUCCCUCGUUUCCUUGCCUGCGCGCGCGCCGCCGAGUCGCGCCUUCCCGUGCGGGCCCCUCUGCAGCCCGCCCGCCGCAGUGUCUCACCCCCACAGCGCCCCGGCUCUCGCGGGUGCCCCGGCGCCUGCCUCGUCUCCGAGUGUCCCUGCGCGGUCGGCCGGCGCGACCGCCUCGUGUGUCGCGACAGCUGCGGCGGAGAAGACUGCCCGCCAGGCGCACCUCGCCACCAAGGCCGCGGAGGCGGCAGCCCACGGAGCAGCGAUCGCAGCGGAGGCCGCCGCCACAGCGUCCCGCGCAGCCGCAGCUGCAGAGGCGACCGCGGCAGAGGCCGCAGAGGGACUGGUCGCCGUCGCCUCUCGAGCGCUGUCCACGGCCGUCGGCCAGGCGCGGGCGAUUGCGGCUGCAGCCUCGCGCAGCGCGCAACUCGCGACUGAAGCGGCAACCGCCGCCGCCACUGCCGCGGAGGCCGCAGCGAUCGCAGCGAGAGAAGCCGCGAGCGCGGCAGCGCAAGUCGCGGAGCGCGUCGCAGCGGAAGGCGAAGGCUCUGGAGAGGACCUCGACGCGGCCAGUGCAGCCGCCGACGCCGCGGCGCUCGACUACGCCAAGGCGCGAGCCGCCGAGGAAGACGCGCGCCAAGCCGCCGCCGCAGCGACCGACGCUGCGGAGACAGCCGCGGCAGCCGCAAGGCAGGCCGAAGCUGCGGCGGAGGCUCGGGAGUCGCCGUCGCUGUGGGGUGCCUCUGCGUCCCCAGGGGAUCCACACUUUGAGCGGACGCUCAAGGGCGACUUGGCGUCUCUUCAACGCGAGUACGCGAGCCUGUGCCGGAUCGAGGAGUUGCCCGACGGACCUCCAGCGGGAAUCCAGCCGCGCGCUGAGGCUAAAGCCGGAUCUCUCGUCGAGGCUGUCGGCAGCCUCGCCUUUUCCCUUCGGUUCCUCCAGGAAACCGACACCAUCUACGUCCAAGUCGACUCCAGGGGGUUCACUAUUCUGAAUCCUGAACAAGUCGUGUCAGGUGCGAUCCCCGCGAACGAGCCCGAGUUGGAGCUGGCGGCUGUCUCGUCGCCGUUUGAGAGUUUUGAGCAGCUGCUGGCGGGCAUUCGCCCACAAACUUUUGAGCGUUUUCAGACGAAUCUCAUCAGCGCCAAACUCAAGGCAGAGAUGGACAAGCCCAGCGCCUAA